CAGGAAUUUCCCAAAAUUGAAAUUUCGACAGAAUCCUGCUUUGACCCUUAUCUUUCGUUGAUCCUCAGUAUAAAAGCACAUUUCCCCUCUAGCUGUGCAUAUGUACAUAUUGCCCGCCAAGAGCACCAGAGUAGAAAUGCCUAUAGUUCGAUUGUUUGCCGCUAAAGGUCUCUCCUAUUAGAUAGCAUUUUUGGGCUGACGUUAUUAAUAUUGCAUUGGCGAUCUCUCUGCUGCUUCCUGUUAACAUAGGAAGGGUAACGUUCGUUUACUAAUCUAUGUACAUCACUAUUCGCGACAAAUGAUAAAUAUGGCGGCUUGGAUUCCCAAAGUCGUACGGGUGACAAAGAAUCAAAAUGUGGGCCCUGUCACUUAUGCAGUACAGAGUUACGAUUAUUCUUCACAACCACGAGUUAUUAAAAAUCCUACUACAGCCAAAUUGAAAAGGGGUACCGGCGGUCGUAGCUCCUUCAAUGGUAUAGUUUGUACAAUAUUUGGAUGUAGUGGUUUUAUUGGAAAUUCCUUAAGUAUUAGGCUAGGGAAAAUUGGAACUCAGCUCAUCCUUCCACAUAGAUGUGAUCUAUAUCACAUAAGAGAGUUGAAAGUAGGUGGAGAUCUUGGACAAGUCUACUAUCAUCCAUUUGAUCUCAAAGAUGAGGACUCAAUAAUCAGGGCUAUGAAAUAUUCUAACGUUGUUGUCAAUUUGAUUGGUCAAACUUAUGAGACCUCAAAUUUCAGUUUUGAUGAUGUGCAUGUAGAAGGAGCAAGAACAUUGGCUAGACUUGCCAAGAAAUGCAAUGUGGAGCGUUUCAUUCACAUGUCGUGUUUAAAUGCAGAAGAGAAACCUAGACCAAUGCUAAUAAAAGAUGGUUCGAAGAUGUUAAAAUCAAAAUGGAGAGGUGAAUUCGCAGUGAGAGAAGAAUUCCCAGAAGCUACUAUAGUUCGACCAUCAGUUAUAUUUGGACGCAUGGAUAGAUUUGUCAGUCAUUAUAUGAGUUCAGAUAGAACGACCUUCGAAUACAUACCACUGUGGCACAAAGGAGAAGAUACUGAAAAGUAUCCAGUGUACAUUCAUGAUGUAAUUUCAGGCCUUGUGGCGAUAAUAAGGAAUCCUGAUACUGCUGGUAAAACUUAUCAAUUUGUUGGUUCAAAAAGUUACAAAUUAAAAGAUAUAGUUGAUAUGAUGUUUAAAAUCAAAUUGAAAUACACCGAACAACAGAUGACAAUAUCGAAUAUAAAGUUUAACCCAUACUUUUGGAUGAAAACUACAUUUGCAGAAUUAAUCGCUCCAAUACAUCGUACUAUGGAUUUAUCGUGGGAAAUAUUGGAAUAUCAUCAUGCCACUGAUAAGAUAGACCCAAAUUUACCAACUUUGGAAGAUUUAGGAAUAACGCCGACUGAUUUUAAAAAAGCAGUAGCAUGGGAAGUUGAACCAUAUAUAAUCAACAGACUUGCGGUUGAAGACUUACAGGCAGCUGUCCCUCCUGAAGUGAAGUCUGUACCAAAAUAAAGUGUUCACAUUUAGAGCUUGUAGAAAAAAACGAGUAUUCUGAUUUAAAUAAGAAAUCUAAUAUAAAUUAUAUUGUGUCCAUUUUCUGUAUAAUAUUUGAAUUCAAGUUAUUACUUUUGUGUAAAAAUAUUUCUUUUGUACACACUGUAUAAAAAUUAUAUGUCAUUACUGUCAGUCUAUGCAAUAAGAAUUGCUGCUCAUCUUUUUUUAAUCAUUUAUUAAAUGACAGAUCGCUCUAACUACAAUAAAAGGUUACAGAUUAUUUUUUAUUUAUAAUAUUAUAUUAUUUUAUAUUAUUAUUUUUUGUUAUACGUUAUGUGGUAGAUGUUGGUAAAAAAUAUAAGCUAGUUUGGUCCUCGGUUACUAUGCUGACCGAAGGCCACGCAGACUUUACAUUACAAAUGACAAGAGAAAAAAUGUUUCUCUCUUUUCGUUUCUUUCGUAGUUAAAAGCACGGUUUUAGACUUUUAGUUUAAACUUCGGCGAAACAAUGAAAUAUUCGGUAAAUAGCCCUUAUUCUUGUACGUAUUAAAAUAAUAAAAAUUUAUAAUCAGUAAAAGGAAAUAAUUUAGGCCGCGAGAUAUAUCUUAUUUUUUAUUAAAAAUAAAUAAAAAUCUGAAGAUAAACUAUCCUGAAGAACUUCAUAUUACUAUUUUCAAAUAUACAUAACAAAAU